AUGACGGCGUUAGUGAGAUUGGCUAUCCUGGCAGUAUGUGCGUGCGCACACGCACAGUACGCGGAGGAGCGCUCUCCGCGAUACAUCGCCACCGAGCCAAAAGUUGCACCAACACCCGUGGCCAUUCUUAAACAGAUAAACAGGCAUAAUGAAGAUGGUUCAUAUACAUACGGGUACGAAGCCGGCGAUGGAUCCUUCAAGAUCGAGACAAAAUCUCCCACUGGAGAAGUCAAAGGGAAAUAUGGAUACAAGGAUGAUACUGGAAAAGUUCGAGUAAUCGAGUAUGGCGCAAACAAAUACGGUUUCCAACCUGCCGGAGAAGGUAUCACCGUCGCUCCCCCCACACUGGUCGACGAGUCUACUCGCGAGCCUAACAAGCAGAGUGGUCGCUCCCAAUACAACGAACAGUCAAACGAUUACGAUUACGAAGAGCCAGCGCCAGCACCGCGCCCCCGCCCUACCCCCCAACCGGCCUACCGCGCCCCCGCACAGCCCCAACAACAAUACAGACCCGCGCCUCAACCCCAGCAGCAAUACAGACCUGCACCACAACCGCAACAACAACAAUACAGACCAACACCACAACCCCAACAGAAAUACAGACCACCUCCUCAGCCAGCACCUGCGCCACCUAAGCCUGCAUUUUUCGCGGGUGCCUCACCAGCGCCAGUCGAAGACAAUUUCUUCAACCCAGAGCCACCCCAGCCCCGUCAGCAACAGUACAGGCCGAACCAGGAUUUCAGACCAGCUCCACAGCCUCAGCACUUCGCCCCUAAACAUACCCAAGUUGAUUUUAACCAGGACUUCAACGCCCCCGCUCCCCGAUUUCCUCCCGCGAAUCAAAGGAGCCAACCUUUUUCUAUGCUCGAUCAACUGCUUAAGGAGUACGCCUUGCCUCAAGGAGGAUCCGCACCUCUACACGAUAUUUCAUUCGGAUCCUAC